CACAGAGAGUCCCGGGAGGCGGCUAAGGCCUGCUGGUGGGGUCCGCUGGGGUCCGCUGCGGCCAGUAUUUUACAUUAUGACUUCUCAAGAGAAGACAGAAGAGCAUCCUUUUGUGGAUAUAUUUAAUGAAGAUGAAGCUGACAAAAACUUUAUGUUGUCUAAACCUGUUUGCUUUGUUGUAUUUGGGAAACCAGGGGUUGGGAAGACAACAUUAGCCCAACAGAUAACACAGGCAUGGAAAUGUAUUCGUGUAGAAGCUUUACCAAUUUUGGAAGAACAGAUUGCCAGUGACACUGAAUCAGGAGCUAUGUUGCAGUCGAUGCUGAUCAGUGGUCAAAGCAUUCCAGAUGAACUUGUCACAAAGCUAAUGUUGGAGAAGCUCAACUCCCCAGAAGUCUCUCACUUUGGCUAUGUUAUCACUGAAAUACCAUCACUUUCACAGGAUGCCAUGACUAUUUUUCAGCAAAUAGAAUUAAUUAGAAAUUUAAAUUUGAAACCUGAUAUUAUAAUCAAUAUUAAGUGUCCUGACUAUGAUUUAUGCCAAAGAAUUUCGGGGCAAAGGCAGCACAGUAGUACAGGAUACAUAUUCACAAGAGAUCAGUGGGAUCCUGAAGUCAUUGAGAGUCAUAGGAAAAAGAAGAAAGAAGCCCAAAAGGAAGGAAAAGGAGAAGAGGAAAGGGAAGAGGAAGAAGAGCAAGAAGAAGAAGAGGCAUUUAUUGCUGAAAUGCAGGUGGUGGCUGAAAUUCUUCAACAUCUAGUUCAGAGGCCUCAGGAUUAUUUGGAAAAUAUUGAACACACUGUUAAACUUUAUAAGGAAAUAAUUCUUCACCCUUUAGAAGAAGUAAUGGCUGAGCACGAUUCCCAGUAUCUCAUUGAGCUAGACGGAAAUAAGCCCCCAGAGGAGCUCUUCACGACAGUUAUGGAUCGACUUAAAUAUCUGAACCUAAAAAGAGCAGCUGUUUUAACCAAACUUCAGAGUGCAGAGGAAGAAAUUAAUGACACAAUGGAAAAUGAUGAGCUGUUCCAUACUCUUGCAGCUUGUACACUUAUUGCACCAAGAUAUAGAUGGCAGAGAAGCAGAUGGGGACGUACAUGUCCGGUGACUUUAAAAGAAGGUAACAUUUUUCAAGGAUUGCCAGAUUUUUCUGUAAGUUUUCUAGGUAAAAUAUACUGUCUUUCAUCAGAAGAAGCAUUAAAAACAUUUUUAUUGAACCCACGUCCCUAUCUUCUUCCACCUAUGCCAGCACCACCAUUUAAAGUGUUCAUAUUUGGACCUCAGUCUUCAGGGAAAACAACACUUAGCAAUUUGCUUGCAAAACAUUACAAGGGAAAGGUAGUUGACUACAAUAAAAUUGUUCAACCACGUUUUGAUAAAGCCCUUGAAACGCUAACCAGAAAUACUAUAGCUGAGGCCACUGAAGCAGCCAUUAAAGCUGUAAAAGAGCAGCUUCUCUCAGAACUACAAGCUAAAAAACAAGUGUUCACUCUUGAAUCCCAAAGAGAAAGCUCUUUAGAGGACAACGAAGAAGCCAAAAUGAAGUCAGAUGAUAAAGACGAUGAAAAAGAAACAAGUGAAACACCUACACUUCAAAGAAGUCAACAAGACUCUAGUCAAGAUCUAAUGUUGGAUUCAAAAAAAGAUGUAAUAGAAUAUGUGAUAGAAGAGGUAACUGCAGAUCAUCCAGAAGUUCUUUCCAUAAUAAAGGAGACGGUAAAAAUGGCAAAGGACAUGAACUUUGAACAGCCACAUGAAAAAAUUGCUGAAAUCUUAGACGAAGUUCUCCAAGAGGUAGCUGAAGAAAACAAGAAUAGGUUUUAUGGUGCCCCAAAAUAUGGAGGAUGGAUACUGGACAACUACCCUAUUAUGAAAGAACUGUGGAUGGUCUUAGUCGACAAAGGAAUUCUACCCGAUUUAGUCAUCUGUUUAUCAGACACAGAAAACAAUGGAAAAUAUUUAUUUAAUAGACUGUAUUUAGAAAAUAAACAAGAAAUUGACUCUAAGAUUUUAGAAAGGUUAUUGGAUGAACUACUAAAGAAAAGAAAAGAGGAAGAAGCAGCAAGAAAAGCCAAAGAAGAGACAUUGAGAAUAGAAGACGAAAAUCAAAAGCUAUUGGAAGCUAUGAAUGUGAAAGCAAAAGAAGCAGAAGAAACUGAAGCUGAGGCUGACAAGGAGAUCGAAGGUGAGGAGUCUGAACUUCACGAAGGGUCUGAGGCCCCUGCGGUAGCCGAGGAGACCAGGGGGUCCUUACCUGAGGAGCCUGAAGUUUUCGAGGUCCCUGAAACAGAACAUGAAUCAGUGUCUGAGCCUACCGAGGAUACUACAGUUGGAACAGAAAUUCCAAAAGGAUCCAAAGAGGGACUAGAAACUAAAGAAUUAUCUGAAACAGUUGUACUACCUGAGUUUCCAGAAGACGCUUAUCCUGAUGUUCCUGAAAUGGAGCCAAUUAAAGAGAGUGUCAGAUCUUUCUACUCCUCCUGGAGGCAGAUGGAAACAGCAAUCAGUGACUCUUUUACUCAAGUUUUAAACUUGGAGAUUGCUGACAAAACUCCAGAGGAACUACUUCAAAAAGUCGUUGAGACCAUGGAAAAACCUUUCCACUAUGCUGGCUGGGAGUUAACUAUGGACGAUUAUGAUGAAGAAACAGAAGACUAUCAGGCUGAGGCCGAAGGCGAUGAGGAGCUAGAAGAGGAGGAGGAAGAGGAAGAGAAUGAAGAUAGAAUUAAAGAGAAGAGAAGGCAUUUGGGAGAUACAAAGCACUUUUGUCCAGUGGCUCUCAAAGAAAACUUCAUCCUACAACCAGGCAGCACAGAAGAAGCAGCUAAAUAUCGAGAAAAGAUCUAUUACUUUUCAAGUCCUGAGGCUAAAGAAAAGUUUUUGGAGCAACCUGAGGAUUAUGUGGCUCACGAUGAACCAUUAAAGGCUCCUCCAUUAAGAAUAUGCCUCCUGGGCCCCCAUGGCUCUGGCAAAACUGUAUGUGGAAGACAGUUGGCAGAAAAAUUGGGCAUUUUUCAUAUUCAGUUUGAAGAAUUUCUUCAAGAAAAACUAAUGCUUAAAACUGAGAAGAAAGUUGGACCUGAAUUUGAGGACGAUUCUGAGGAUGAACAAUUUGCAAAACAAGAACUUGAAGAGCUUGCAAUUCAGGCCAAUGUUACAAUUGAGGAAGAAAAUACAAAGAAGCUGCCUCAGGAAGUACAGCUUACAGAAGAAGAAGAAGCAAUCAGAUUAAAUCUAACAGAAAAUGAGCCAUUGCCUCCCGAAAUCCUUGAAGCAAUUCUCUCUGAGUGGUGGUUUAAGGAACCGAUACGUUCCACAGGUUUUGUAUUAGAUGGUUUCCCGCGAUAUCCUGACGAGGUCCAGUUUCUGGGGGAACAUGGGUUUUUCCCAGAUGCUGCUGUUUUUAUGCAAGUUGAUUAUCAAGAUGUUUCUGAUCGCCUCCUUCCUACCCAAAUUGGAAAGUGGAAAGUGAAACAAAAGAAGAAAUUAGAAAGGAAAAAACUCAUCAAAGAAAUGAAGGCAAAAAUCAAGGAUGACAUGAUUUCUAAAAGAAGGGCUGAACUUAUAAUAGAGAGAGAGCAAAAAAGGAAAGGAGGGGAGACUGUUAGAAAAGAUGAAGACAUGAGCGAGGAAGAACCUGAAGAUGAGGAAGAUGAUAUUGACAACAUCCUUGAUGAAUUUCCAAAAGAUGAGGAAGUGAUGAGUGAGGAAGAUGAAGAGCAGGAAAUUGAUGCGCUCAAACGCCUGAGAGGUGAACUGGGAGAAAAAUUUGAAGCAGAUAUGAAUAAUUUACAAAUAAUACAGGAAGAAUUUGAGAAGUUUUUGAUACCAGUAAUUCUCAUUAAUGGAGCUCGGAAAACCCACAUUGUACAAUACAUAUUGAAUAUGAAACUGAAACCGCUGGUGGAGAAUCGUGCAAGCAUUUUUGAGAAAUGUUAUCCAAUAUCAUCCCGCCUUGCCCAGAAAAUGCUCAGCUUUACCUACAAGUAUAUAAGCUCGUUUGGCUACUGGGACCCUGUAAAGCUAAGUGAAGGAGAGACAAUCAAGCCAGUUGAAAAUUCAGAGAAUCUACUUCAUCCUGUAAUCCACCGUCAGUAUAUUUAUUUUUUAUCUAGUAAGGAAACUAAAGAAAAAUUUAUGAAGAACCCAAUCAAAUAUAUCCGCCAACCCAAACCUAAGCCUACUAUGCCCAUUAGGAUUGCACUUCUGGGGCCUCCAAAAUCUGGGAAAACUACAGUUGCCAAAAAAAUUUCAAGUGACUAUGGCUUAAAGCGUUUGUCAAUAGGAGAUGCUCUGCGUUAUGUAUUAAACCACCAACCAGACACAGAGCUGGCACUUAUGCUAAAUUGGCAUCUUCAUAAAGGAAUGACAGCACCUGAUGAACUGGCUGUUCAGGCCUUAGAAUUAUCUCUGAUGGGAAGUACAUGUAAUACUGCAGGUGUUGUCAUUGAUGGAUACCCUGUAUCUAAAUAUCAAGUGAGUCUCUUGGAAGCUAGGUCAGUCAUCCCCAUGGUCAUCUUUGAGUUGGAUGUGCCUUCCAAAGAGAUUUUCAAAAGAUUGCUCCUGGAAAAAGAAAAGGAACCAAGUUUGCCUUAUCCAUUGCAUAACAGCUCACAGAUUAUAGCUGUCAAGAACUCAAAGUACCGCAAAAAUAUUGAUGAGAUUAGGCAAUAUUAUCAACAACAACAUCAGAACUGGUAUGUGAUUGAUGGCUUUCACAGCAAAUGGUGGGUAUGGAAUGAAGUCAUUAAGAAGGUUAAAAUGGUGAAUAAACACAUGCAGAUAUACCUGGGAAGAAUAAAAGCAGGAAAAGCCGCCUGCAUUGACAAGUUAUGUAUCUCACCUGAAGAACUGAUUUCUCGCCUGGGCGAAUUUGGACAGUUCUGCCCUGUCAGCCUGGCAGAAUCACAUGAAUUAGUUGAUUGCUCUUUAACUGAUUCCUUGGAAUUUGCAGCAGAGUUCAGAGGGCACUAUUAUAAAAUGAGUUCUCAGGAGAAAUUGAAUAGAUUUUUGGAGAACCCCGAAUUAUACGUGCCUCCAUUAGCACCUCAUCCUCUCCCGUCUCCCGACAUGAUGCCCAAAAGGCUGACACUGUCGGAGCUGAAGAGCCGGUUCCCUAAGUGUGCCGAGCUCCAGGGCUACUGUCCAGUGACCUAUCAGGAUGGCAAACAAAGAUACGAAGCCCUAGUACCUGGUAGCAUUCACUAUGCUUUAGAAUAUCGUGAUCGUAUAUAUACCUGUGAGAGUAGAGAAAAACUUGAGAAAUUUUUGAGGUCGCCACUGAAAUACUGGGAUCAGAAGCUUCCUUACAAACUUCCCCUGUUAAAGGAACCGAUGUAUCUCACUAGUCUGCCUUUGCCUGGAUAUCUGGAACAGGGUAUCGCAACUGCUCUAAUUAAAGCCAUGAAUGCAGCAGGAUGCUUAAAGCCCAAAUUCCCCUUCUUAAGUGUACAGAGAUCUGCACUACUCUAUAUAGCAUUUCAUCUAAAAGCCUUUAAUCCCAAAGGUUCUGAGUACACAAGAAAAAAAUAUAAGAAGAAGAUGGAGCAGUUUAUGGAGAGAUGUGAACUCAUUACAUACCUGGGUGCCAAGAUGACCAGAAAAUACAAGGAACCUCAGUUUAGAGCCAUUGACUUCGAUCAUAAAUUACAGACCUUUCUCUCUCUUAAAAAUAUAGACCCAGUCAAUGGAUAGAAUGCUUGGGUAACUGCACCCGGAAUCUUAAGAGUUACCUGAAAGGGAUAAAAAGCAAAUAGAUUGAAAAUCUGGCCCUCCCUGAUGUACUUUUCCCUCCUGAGUGAUACACCACGGCUGCCAGACUUCAAAUGAAUUCAGAGCUCUGCCAGCCAGGAAGGAGUGCUCUUCCGUAAGCCUAAGUUCUCAUAUAAUUGUAAAGUUUAUUGCUCUUUGCCUGAACUUUGAGGUUUUAACGAAAGUUAUUCCAUCUAGAAUUCCAUUUAGAAUAUUUAGGUAAUUUAUUUUACUUAAUGAAUCUAUUGUUCAUUUUCCUUUUUAAUAUUUUCAGCAGAAAGGUCAGUCUCUGUUAAAUGUGAAGUCAUUUAUGCAGUAAAUGUUAGAAAGCUUCAAGAAACAAAAUUAACAUGGAUAUAAAUAAAAUAGAAAUAUUGGUUACACUUUUAACAUAGGGAGUUGUUGGUAAACUUCAUGAACCUAAAGAUACUUUAUCAUUUUCCCAACAAAAUAAAUGGAUUUUGAGGUAACUAAAUGGCUGCUGUUUUUCUUUUUCUCAGGUAUCCAAGGAAACAUGCUUUAUACAUUAUUCUGUAGUUAGAAAUCGCCUGGCUAUUUGAGAGAGAUGAAAGCUAGAGUCUUUUUAUAUGACAUUAUCAAGAAGUAUAUGCUAGAGGAAAAUUACUAAAUUGAAUUUGAAUGAGAUUUUAAAAAUAAGAUUAUCAGUUUUUCAGCAGGAGUAUAAGAAAUCUAGCACGUGAAAUAGCAAGAUUGUCUCUUUAAGAAAAUGAAAAGUACAACCAUUAUUUAACCUUGGGUAAAUCUCAGUUUCGAUGAGCCUUUGUUCCUUAAACUCUAAAAUGAAUGAUUUAGCUCUUUUUUUCCAGCUUUAUUGAGGUGUAAUUGACAAAUAAAAUUAUACAUAUUUAAACUUUA